AUGCGUCCAAUCCAGAUCGCGUCUUUCGUAGCCUUCGUGCUACCGUUGUUCGCCUUCGGUAGUCCAGUUCUCGAAACAAGAGAGGUCCCAAUACCACCAUCAGUCCCUCAAGACAUUGUUGCUGUGCUGAAAAAGCUAGGCUAUAAGGAUACCGAUGUAAUUACUGUGCGCUUGGCGAAUAAGGGGGAAAUUCGAUAUAUUGUUUACGCAGCUCUGAAAAGGGAUUGCGUUCCAUGUAGCAGGUUGGGCGACUCUUGGGUGAAUUGCCAUCCCGGUGCAUACGCGAAUGACUAUAGGCAUUCUUGUAAUGCGAUUGAUCUAUGCAGGAGCUGA